GCCCUCGGAGUUGCACUCACAAAGCCUCAGCCUCGGUAUAUUUACUAUCAAUACUUUCGGAGACCUUAGACACAUGCACUGCACCCUUGCCCCCGUUCUUCGUAGAAUCAAAUCCCAUCAACCUCUGCUCACCAUGAAUUCUACACCCAGCAGCAUGGCUUCCAAAGGCUCCGUAUUAAUCACCGGCUGCAGCGACGGCAGCGCCGGCUCCUCCAUGGCCCAAGUCUUCCAAAAGCAAGGCUACCACGUCUUUGCCUCCUCCCGCAGCCCAGCCACCAUGUCGAAGCUCGAGCGCCUCCCCGACAUCACGCUCCUCCAGCUCGACACGACCAAACCCGCCGACAUCACAGCCGCCGCGGACGCGGUCAGCCGCCACACGGGGGGCACCCUGACCUACCUCGUCAACUGCGCCGGUCGCAACCACUUCAUGCCGCUGCUAGACCAGGACAUCGACGCUGCCAAAGAGAUAUACGAUGCCAACGUCUGGGGACCGCUGGCGGUGACGCAGGCCUUUGCGCCGCUGUUGAUCAAGGCGAAGGGGACGCUUGUUUUCAUCUCGUCUGUGGCCGGAUAUCUUAAUGUGCCCUACCAAGGCGCUUAUGCCGCAUCCAAGAGGUCGGGGGAGAUCAUGGCGGAGACACUACGGCUCGAGCUCGCGCCGUUUCAGGUCAAGGUCCUCUCGGUGGUUACCGGCGCUCUCAAGACCAUGGUCCAGACGCACUUCGACGACUGGAAGCUCCCGGAGGGGUCUCUGUAUGCGCCGGUAGAGUCGACCAUUCGCGAUAGGGCCCGCGGCCAAGAAGGGGCACCUAGAAUGGAGGCAGACGACUAUGCGCAGCGCGUGGUGGCCGAGAUCAUCGGUGGCCGGACGGGCAGGUUUUGGUAUGGUGCCAGUGCGGGGGCUGUUAAAUUUGGCACGUCUUAUCUUCCUACCUCGCUCAUGGACAGCGGUGUGCAGAUUAAUACUGGGUUGGACGUGUUGGCGAAGCAGAAUAACUGAGGGCAAGGAAAAGGGGCUGGGCUCAACUGGGUUAAGAACCAGGGGUAAUACUUGAUAAUUGCCUUUCCCCGGCUCGGCUGCAGUUAAAUCGCCAUCGGUUGGGUUGACGGUGGGCGAGACAGGGGGGUCAGGGGCUGUAUUUGCAGGGAAUCAGGGCAUGCAAGGGGCGUGUUGGUCUCAUGUGCUGGUUAUUGGUGGCGUCUCAUUCUCUUAUCUCCAUGUAUCCAAACUAACUACCAGACCCGACCUUGCCAUAAGAUAACAACAUUGAAAUAUGGUAGGUAGUAUGGAAGGGAUGGUGGAAGUUCGGCCGGUCAGUGCUGGCGGCCUUCACCGGUGGAGAUAUUGCAUCGAAGGAUCAAGGUCGUAUCAUGCAGGACAGGGGAGCGACGCGAAUCACCGCUGAUUUAUGGUAGUCUACCUAAGAAUUCCAGUCCAUAGCACCAAUUUUAUCAUAUCAAGAUCCCA